GCGGCGAUGUCAAUGUUUUGAGCGUGUUGGGUGAGGUGGGUCGGCCAUGUUGUGUUCCUCCGCGCUACAUGGACAACACUAGCCCGGCUCCCUCCUUGCUCUCGUGCAGCUUCCUGGUCUCGUAUCAUCUGUGACAGCCGGGACCGUGUAAUAAAGAAAAUGACGCAAUAUUUACCGCCAAAUUUAUUGGCGCUAUUUGCGCCAAGAGACCCCAUCCCAUAUCUUCCACCCGUUGACAAAUUAACAUGGGAGAAGAGGACAGAUGGUUACUCGGGUUUGGCAAAUUUAAUUCUAAAAUUCGAGGAUCCAAAAGACACCCCACCUCCAACAAGAGUGGAAACUCGUGAGGAGCGAUUGGAGCGCAAACGAAGAGAAAAGGCAGAACAAAUGCAGUAUAAAUUAGAACAAGAAAUUGCUUUAUGGGACCCUCAUAAUAGUGAAUCUGCGACUGGAGACCCAUACAAGACGCUCUUUGUUUCCCGCAUUAAUUAUGAUACCUCGGAGUCUAAGCUAAGAAGAGAAUUUGAGAUCUACGGUCCCAUUAAAAAGAUUGUUAUGGUUCACAACAUAAAGACCGGAAAGCCUCGGGGAUAUGCAUUUAUCGAGUAUGAACAUGAGAGAGACAUGCACUCGGCUUACAAACACGCUGAUGGCAAGAAGAUUGACAAUCGUCGAGUUUUGGUCGAUGUAGAACGUGCUCGCACAGUCAAAGGCUGGUUGUCUCGAAGAUUAGGUGGAGGUUUGGGAGGCACACGUCGUGGUGGACCAGAUGUAAAUAUUAAACACUCUGGUCGUGAAGAUGACCGUAGACGUGGUGGUAGUGCAAGGGAUGAAGAUCGUAUGGCGAGUAAUGAUCGGGAACGAGUUGAUAGGGAUCGUGACCGUGAGCGUGAAAGAAGACACACCCGCAGUCGAGAAAGAGAACGUGAACCAAGGGAGAGACGCAGGAGGUCACGCAGUGUGACCCCAGUGGAACGGACCCCGUCUUUACGGAGCCCUGAUGCAGCAGAAGUGUUGCGUUCCGGUCGAGACCCAAGUGCAACAGAAAAGUUCCGGACGAGUGGGGUCGCGUCUUCGAUGCGCUCCCGAAAAACCCGAGAUCGGAAACGUCGAAGAUCUCGUUCUCGUGAACGUGGUGCAACAGUACCAGAGGAAGGUGAUGAUAGAGAGAAGAGACGUCAUAGAUCGCGCUCCCGUGACCGCAAAAGACGUUCAAAGUCACGUGAGAGGAAACAUCGCAGAGAACGGGACCGAGAAAGACGUGAGCGUGUUCCUGGAGAAGAAGGAGAGGAGAAUAUCAAAAUCAAGCAAGAACCAGAGGAUGACUAUCCUGAUUAUGAAGGUUCAUAUUAUAAUAACUUCCCCAUGAAGGAUGAAGAUGAGAGAGCUAAAAAUGGUACUAAAUAUGAAGAGGAAGAGGAGGAGGCAAAUAAUGAAAUUGAUUAUUAAUUUUUGUUUUAAUAACAGAUUCUCAGCUGUACUAGUCUUACAGUUUGUAGGCUAUUAGAUAAAAUAAAGUAUAGAUGUAAUCGAGAUAUAAUUAACAACCUCACACGUUUUAGGAGUAAGAGAUCAGUAAGAUAAUCAUAAAAUGUGAUCAAAUGAAUUGUGUAAUACAUUAGUCUUUAAAUAUUUCUUAAAGCCUGUAGUAAGGCUUGUUGCUGAAGGGGGCUUGCUUGCUCGGUGUACUUUCUGGUAACGAGAGUAAUAGAUGCUAAUGAUUGUUAUACUGUACAUGGUAAUAAAUGCUUUUGAAUAAUGUGUUAUUGUAUUCUUUGUGGAAUAAGAUUACAGUAUUUUGCCCAGUAAAUUGUGAGAGUUUGGAAUAUAGACUGUUUAAGAGUUCAAGAUUGAAAUGUUUUUUUUUUUUUAUGUACUCUGACCAUAGAUUAUGGCCAUUAUGUCUGGUAGGUUUGGUUGUACAGGUGCAGUAUUCAGGUUCUUAAAAAUUCUAUAUUGAAUGAUGGCAAGUUAUGACAAUUAACACCAUGUAUAAAGUAUUUGUUUUGAUGCUUCAAGAAGCCCACUACCUAAUUAGUUAAAUUAUUUAAUGAGAGCAUUAUUGCAGUCUUCAUAUCUUAAAAGAUUGCCCACAAGUAAAAGCAGCAGAUGGUACAAAUCUUGACACACUCCAGCUUCACCUGUGCACAUACAUACAAUGAAAAUAGUAUAUGGGUUGUGAUGUUUUUGAUUUUUAUGACUGACUUGGUUCUUGAUUGUCGUGAAUACAAAGAUGGAGCAAGUUUGCUUUGACAAUUUAAUCAUGACUAAAAAGUUACCGAAAUUUUGUUCAAUUUGGGUGAUUUGUAUCCUAACUUUCUUUAUACUAAUAUUUGUUGCAACAAAUUUCAUGUUGGGUUCUGUUGUUAAAUAAUGGUUGUAAGAAGACCUUCACUUUGUAUUUGGAAUCUUUAUAUGUUCAAGUUAUUGAGUAUUGUAGUGUAAUGUGUUUAAAUGAAUGUAGCUGGUACCAGAGGACCUUGCAAUACACAAUUCAGUUCAUUCUGUCUAGUAUGAAAGCUUUACAAGAAUGCACACAACUCGGUUUGGGAACAUGAUAUUCUAAAUGUUUUAAAAUCAUAUAGUUUUAAGUACUUAUUGCACAUGUCAAAUGUGCUGCUUUUGAGAAAUAAUUUUUGUGUAAAAAAAUGUGGCCAAAGAA